UUGUUUUGUGAUAGACAACUGGAUUGGUUGAGCAUCGACUUCACGAAAGAAGAUCCCACAGGAUAGACAAGAAGAAAUUUCGCCAGUAUAUAUAGCUGGUUGGGGAGCCGAAAAGAGUAUAGUUCAAAUCUGCACAGCGGUAAGAACCAAGUUCAAAUCUUCCAAAAUGAAAUUCUUCAUCGUUGCUCUGGCCCUGCUCGCCCUGGCUGCUGCCAAGCCCCAGGAUGACAAGUACACCACCAAGUACGACAGCGUCAACAUCGAUGAGAUCCUGAAGUCCGAGCGCCUGUUCAAGAACUACUAUGCCUGUCUUAUGGACACCGGUGCCUGUACUCCAGAUGUCAACGAACUGAAGCGCGUCCUGCCCGAUGCCUUGGAAAACAACUGCGCCAAGUGUAGCGAGAAGCAGCAGACCGACAGCACCAAGACCAUCAAGUUCCUGACCGAGAACAAGCCAGAGGAAUGGAAGGCUCUGAAGGCCAAGUACGACCCCGACAACAAGUACGUCGAGAAGUACGUCGCCGAUGCCGACAAGGAAGGAAUCAAGCUGUAAAUUAUGAAUCACUUCAAAUCUCUACAAGCUGAAUGGAAACAAUGGAACGUCGACCAACUGCUGUGAUCUUAGGGGAAUUUCUUUUGGUUUUUCUUUGAAAUUAUAUGCCGCCGCCGCCACCGCCCAGUGAUGGUUCUGUAGACUCCGCUGUGCAGAGUGAAUUUCGUGAUAAUAAACGGUUGUAGCUAACCAA